AUGGCAGAGGGGAAGACCUUCCGCUACGGGUUCAUCAUCCUGGGCUUCUUCCUGGUGAUGCUGGGCAUGUUCAUCAUGAGCGUGGAAAAGCCCCAGUACUACAUCACCUUCUGUGUCCUGGGAGUGCUGCUCGUAGCCGUGGGCAUCACGUGGAGCAUGUGCCAGUGCUACCCAAAGAUAACUUUCGUCCCUGCGGACCUCGAGGCCGAGCGGUUCCUGGACCACAAACCCACGGUGCUGCCACAGAAGGACACCGGCUUGAUUUCCCCCUGCCCCAGCCAAGAGGCCAGCAGCAGCUAUGAGAAGAGCCUGCCAUCCUACGAGCAGAUCCAGAGGCAGGGGAGCUCGGCCCCAGCCCUGGGCACGGCCCAGCCCAGGUCCCGCAGCUGCUCCCAGGCAGCCCUGCAGGCCAAGGCAGAGAUCCACCGGGAGCUGGGGGCUGGGGACCCCCUCCAGGACCUGGCACCCCGCCUGGAAACAGCGGCAGGCAGCUGCGCCGCCCGGCCAGCCCCGGGGGAUGCCCCGCUGGCAUCGCUGCUGGACGAGAUGGACACGCCGUCGCUGGAGGGCUCCGUGCCCGGCAGCCCCGCGCCGCAGAGCCGGACCCUGCCCCGCUCCGGCCGCCCCCCGAGCAGCUCCCCCGGGGGAGAGCAGCCCCGAGCCCCCCGGGAAGGCGCCGGGAAGGAGGAUGAGCUCUACUACGGGCUCCAGGAGGAGCCGGGUGCUCUGCUCAAGGAGAGCGAUGGCCUCUCCGAGCCUGAAAACUGAUUUUCUGGGAAAAAAAAAAGCGGCCGCUUGGCAUGGACUCGCCUCAUGGAGGGGACACACAGGGCACAGCCUGGAGGAAAGGGGGCUGUCCCCAGAUUGCGGUGGCGCCAGGGUCCUGCCUGUCCCUGUGCCGUGCUGCAGCCCCGGGGCACACCCAGCAGCUCAGGAGGCUGUCAUUUCCCCCAGUCCCAAAGGGAGAACUCCCAGCUCCUGAACUCCACAGAACGUGGGACAAGGCCUCCUUGCCAGAGUCCCCUGGGUGGGCACAGAGCAGCUGGGCUGGGCAGGGCUAAGUGCUGUGCUUGGGGAGGGAAAGGAUUGCCUGUGCUGUUUGCAGCAGGAUCAGGUGUAGGUGGGUAAAACCUGCUCAGUGCAGGUGGGUUUUAUCAGGCAGAACUGUCCUCAAAGUCUUUUUCCCACUUACCCAAGCUCUGCUGAAAUUAAAAUUCGAUCCUGAGGCUCCUGCAGCAGGCAGCCUUCAUGUCUCCGGGCUGGGAGAGGGGUGAUGGAGGUGGCAGAUCGUGCUGUCCCCUACCUCCUGCACAGGGACCAGCUUCCAGCCCUCCUGGGGACACGGGGGGAGGACACAGCUGAGCCAAACCCCUGGUGGUGGCACUUGAGGUGGUGGCUUUGCACACUGUCUGCUGGGUCGGUGUCAGCAGCUGCAGGUGGCUUUGCAGGCUGGCACCCACCGUCCCCAAACCUUCUGUGAAUAAAAGGUGCUUGUCCCAAA